AUGACUUCGAAUCCGCCUCCGCUGACGCCUAGCGGCCCGGUCGAUGAUACGCACUCUGCGUCAAGGCUGCAAGGUCCAGACGUUCAGCGACAGGUGCACCUCCCCGAGGACAAUACGUCAUCGACCCAGAGCAUGGUCGCGAUGCCUCCUCGACCAGGCUACCGAGAUGCUACAGCGCAGCUCUUAUCGGCGUGCUCGCAGCUGCGAGAUGGCCAGAUGGUCGCAGUGCCUGACUUCACUCUGAUGGACUCGAUGGCCGCCGUCAAGAUCAUGGACGCCAGGAUGGACUCGGGCAUGCAAUUGCCAGCCACAGAGCUGCCGGAAUCGGACCGCUUGGACGGCUCAAUGGUGACUUCUUCGACAGAUGACUUUGACGCAUUCAAGCCACUCACUGUACCUGAUGCGCUCUGGAUCAUGGACCGACUUUUAGCAUGCGAAGCAGCCUGGCAUCAAGGCUCGGCGUUAUCACAGACGCUCUAUACCUGCCUCUAUUUCCAUGCCAUCAAGAGCCUCUCGCACAAGCAUCCGCGCUUCCAGCCUCCAAAUGACAACUCGGAGCAAAUGAAUACAACAAGCGACCCCGAAGCCGGCAAUUCGUCUGCAAACUCCUUUGUGCCCGAUCGAACACCUCCGCAGCUCGUCUACAAGGUGCUGAGGGCGUUUAUCCUCGGCACCGUCAAGGCGAUCGAUGUCGCCUGGUCAGAGCUCACGUCGAAACAGCAUUUCCACGACGGCGAGGACUACUCGUCGGACAAGAAUGGCCUCAGUCUGCUUGAGACCACCGAUACCGGCUGCGUCGUCGCAGAACUUGACGAUGCCUUGGAGUGGGUACAGUCGCAGCAAGCGGUCUUGCCCUCGGAUUACAUCGAAUCGCUCAGGACCAGACUCAGCUUUCGGAAGCAGAUGCUUUACGCGGCGAGACUACUCCAAAGUCCAGCCGAGGCAGCCCCUAUCGAUGUCGUGAUGCACACCAAGUUUGCUCGCCGCAGCUGGUCACUUUUGAAUCCGGCAUCGGACACACCGCUCAUUCCGACCGAUGCUUCUCCAUCAAGGCCCUGUUUGGACGACAACAUGAACGGCAGAGAGUCGAAACUCAUAUCUCUGCAGCCUCCAAAUCGGAACGCGGCACCGUCGAGUGCAGCCAUAGCUGCUUUUGAUCCGGCCUACAAUCGGCGUCUCGCCUGGUGCCAGGCAUUGAGACCGAUAUCACUGCCUAGCGCCGAGCACACCUGGCGCAUCCUCAACGGCAUCCUCGACGAGCUCCAGGACGUCGUCCGUGUCUUGCAGCGUCCUGGUUUCCUUUCUUGGAAGAUCUUCUUCACCCACCGCGCCAUCGACUACCAGUCAUCACAGCCGCUGUCUGCGACUCCCUAUGUGCGGUCGUUGAUGCAGACUGCAAUUUGCGACCGUAACAUGAUUGCCAGUCGUCUUCCCCUCGAAUGGAUUGCCGAAGCCUUCUUUCAAGAGAUUGCACUCAUCGAUCCACUCCUUCUACGCCGUGCCUCGAGGAUCGGUCGCAACAGUGUCGAGGGCGGCUCGCAGACCAUGUGGAACGCGCCUCCUCCGCUUGGCCAGCGUAUCCACUACUUUCAACAGAGGAUCUCCGGUCAGCUUGUUCAGUAUCUGACGACACUUUCACAGAAUCGAUCGCGAUGCAAGCGCACGCUGGCCUCGAGGCUGUAUCGCGAGUGGGUCAACAUCUCGGAGGAAGCCAGCGACAUCGGACGUCGUCUUGAGGAAUGCCUCGCGCCAGGCGAGCGAUACAUCCCCGACUCGCUCUUUGCGGCCACGCAGCACGUAUCGCUCGAGAUUAUGACGCAGAUUACGCUUUCCGGCUUUGAACUCGACCUAUACAGCAGCGGCACGGACAGCGAGAGCAUGUGGUGGCUUGCCAGUCGCAUUCAAGUCGAGCAGAAGAUGGUCUGCACCGAUCUUCGAGACGAGCUCUCCAGCUGGCUCGAACAGGCUGCACCGGACAAGAGACCUCGAGGAUCCUCCUCGACGAUUCUGUAUCUAUCGCGUCAGAUCCUUCUCGCGCAGGCGUUGGAGCAGCUGUCCAUUGGAACGACUUUCCUAAUGCAACUUUCCGUCCAGCAGGGCGGUCUCACGAACGGCAAGAAGAAUGAUCAGCCCGUUCAAUGGUCAUCAAGCCGUAAGGAAGACCCAGAUGGUCUCGAGCUCGCAGCAGCCGUGUUUGCGAGUCGGACCAAGUGGAUGCGCACGAAUGCUGCCCGAGCCAACGAUCGAGAGGCUUCGGACCAGGACGAUCCCUGCGAAACGCUCUGGCAAGACUAUCUCAGUUUCAGCUCCGAGCUGCAUGCCACGGCCCCGCUGAAGCUGCUGAUGGUUGCGAAAGAAAGGCUGGAUGAAGCCAUUUUGCAUCUGCAACAUCUUGCAGGUACCUUGACCGAAGAGAAAGGUUCCAAUCUCGGAGAGCAGGGCUUCAACGACUUUGUCGCAUCUCUUUUCACAACAGCGCACCACAAUCGAGAGGUGCUGGAGCAAGUGGCAGACUCGGAAUCCUUGAAGAACGGUGCAAGUGACGACCGAGCCCCAUUGAAAGGCUCAAAAGGCAAAGCGCUGACAGAAUGGGUCUUCGAGCAUCCUUGGUUCCCAAAGUGGAUGCCUGAUCAAGGUUCCCAAGCAUAG